CGAUAUUCGUUUCCGUUCACCUUCCUCGUUCUCUUGUUGCACACAAACUUCCGUUUCCGCUUAAAAAAAUUGUUUUGUUUACAUUUCUUCAUUUGAGAUUUCUUUUGUCAUUGUUCAAUUUUUAUUUGAUUGAAAACGUGACAUACGCACGUUAAUCACAAGGUUUUCUUUUGGAAUAUCGAGAAAAAUUGAUAAAAAUAUCAAAAGUCUAAGGAGAGGAAAAAACAACAAUGUCCCAAUACGAUGACUAUAAAUUGUCUUUGUCAUAUGAGACAAACAAUAACAUUCUCACAGGCGAGGAAUUUUCCUUUGCAACCACGUCAAUUUCAUCGCAUUCAGUAUUAUCGAAACUAACAGACGAUGUUUCAAUGUGCUCAUCAACAAAUAAUCGUCUUUUCGCCGGCACAACACCGAAACAAUGCAUGGCAAAAAAUAGUUUAGAAUUAUUGAAAAAUAAUCCAAUUCACGAUUCACAAUCAAAAGAAUCUGAAUCAAGUGAAGCAUUUUCAAUUCUAAAGAGUUUAAUUGACGAGAAUAUUAUUUCACUGCAAAGAGAACGUGAAUUAUAUUCAAGUCAAACGACAACAAUAGCAAAUUAUCAAAAUGACAAUGACAAUAUAAGUGUCAAAUCAGAUUUAACUUUAUUGGCACAAUUUACUUCAACUGAUAAUCAAAGUGAAAGUAGUUAUCAAACAAUUGAUUCCUAUCAUGAUUCAGACGUUGAUAUGUUCGAUGAUUUGAAUUCACCGGAAAUGAAUAUUAUCAAUGAUAAUGAUAACAAUAGAAAUAACAGUGAACCAUUAAAUUUGUCAUAUCCAAAAUUCUUAGCCAACUAUUCCAAUGAAUUUUGUGAGGAUAAAUCUUAUUUUAAACCGGAAAUAAAAUAUCAUUCACAAUUUGUGAGUUCAUUGAGAAAUGAAGUUUACGAUGUUUCGAUGAAUGUAAUUCAACGAUGUGUGGAGGAAGUUAUUGCUAGUUUGGAAAUGACCGAAAAUGACUUGUAAGUUAGAAUUUAAUAGAGAAUAAGAAUUAUUAUCAUAAUAAUUAGAUAAUGAUAAUUACGAGAAUUAUCAUAAACCAUCGCUUAGAAAACUUUGUGCCAAACAUUUAUAAACAAAGAAAAUUGAAAACGGAAAUUUUUCGAAUUCUAAUAAUUAUAAUUAUAUAAUUAUAAUUAAAGUUCAACUAAUUAUUUUUGUUCGACAGUAUUACAACUUUAAUUAUAAUUGUAAAUUUCAAUUCUUUGAAUUUUCGUUCGUUUAAUUAUUAAGUCACGAGAUUUCUCAAAUGGUAAAAGAAUAUUUUUGUUACAAAACCAGAAAAACUAUUUUUUUUACUUUAGAGAUUAUUUUUUCGUUUCCUUCUUUUACACCAAAAAAAAAGAAGAAUUCUAUUAUUUUUUUAGACAAAAAAAAGAACUUCUUUGCGAACAGAAAUCUCGUUUGUAAGACUGAUUAACCGUUUUGCUCAAGGGAAAGAGAAAACUUGUGAUAUCUAGUUUAGAAAUUCUAGAUAAAUAAAAAUAAACAGUAUUUCCUUUUGUUA